CGCAAGUCCCGCGCCCGCCGCUAGAGCCCCCCGUGCGCGGCUCGGCCCAGGCCCCGCUUGCCCGGCCCGGCCCCGCGCGGGGAAACACUCGAGCGCACACAAUGAACUCCGAGGAGGCUGCGAGCCCGGCCGGCCGCCGCGCCCGCACCAUGGGAGCCACCGCUUAGUGGGGACCGUCAACUUUCCCCCACGGGCGUCCUCUGCAGCCCCGCAGGCCCCGCGCCGCCGUCGGGCUGAGGAGACGCGCUAAAGAAGUAAACAGGUCAUGGCACGUUUAACAAAAAGACGACAGGCGGAUACAAAAGCUAUCCAACAUCUUUGGGCAGCCAUUGAAAUUAUAAGGAAUCAGAAGCAAAUUGCCAACAUUGACCGUAUUACAAAGUAUAUGUCCCGAGUCCACGGUAUGCAUCCCAAAGAGACCACCCGUCAGCUGAGCUUAGCUGUGAAAGAUGGUCUUAUUGUCGAAACUCUAACAGUGGGCUGCAAAGGCUCAAAAGCUGGUAUUGAGCAAGAAGGAUAUUGGUUACCAGGUGAUGAGAUUGCCUACAGUAUGCAGCCUUUCUCCAGGACAGCAGCCCCAGACAAGGACUGGGAAACAGAAACUCAUGACUGGUAUUGUUUUGAAUGCCAUUUGCCUGGAGAGGUGUUGAUAUGUGACCUGUGUUUUCGUGUGUAUCAUUCCAAGUGUUUGUCUGAUGAGUUCAGGCUUAGAGACAGCAGUAGUCACUGGCAGUGCCCAGUUUGCAGGAGCAUUAAGAAGAAGCAUUCAAACAAGCAGGAGAUGGGCACCUACCUGCGGUUCAUUGUCUCCCGCAUGAAGGAGCGGGCUAUAGACCUUAAUAAAAAGGGAAAGGACAGUAAACAUCCCAUGUACCGGAGGCUGGUCCAUUCAGCUGUUGACGUCCCUACCAUACAAGAGAAAGUGAAUGAGGGGAAAUACCGGAGUUACGAGGAAUUUAAAGCUGACGCACAGCUGCUGCUUCACAACACAGUGAUUUUCUAUGGAGCAGACAGUGAACAAGCAGACAUUGCGAGGAUGCUAUAUAAAGACACGUGUCACGAGCUGGAUGAGCUGCAGCUUUGCAAGAACUGCUUCUAUCUGUCAAACGCACGGCCCGACAACUGGUUCUGCUAUCCUUGCAUACCUAAUCAUGAGCUGGUUUGGGCUAAAAUGAAAGGUUUUGGGUUUUGGCCAGCCAAAGUCAUGCAGAAAGAAGACAAUCAAGUUGAUGUACGCUUCUUUGGCCACCACCACCAGAGGGCCUGGAUUCCUUCUGAAAACAUUCAAGAUAUCACAGUCAAUGUUCAUCGACUGCAUGUGAAGCGCAGUAUGGGCUGGAAAAAAGCCUGUGAUGAGUUGGAACUGCACCAGCGGUUCCUCCGUGAAGGCCGGUUCUGGAAGUCUAAGAAUGAGGACCGAGGUGAGGAAGAGGCAGAAUCCAGUAUCUCCUCCACCAGUAAUGAACAGCUGAAGGUCACUCAAGAACCAAGAGCAAAGAAAGGACGACGUAAUCAGAGUGUGGAGCCCAAAAAGGAAGUAAGUUGCCCACCUCACAGUGUCCAGGUGGCAGUGGAAAGAGGAAAGAGUCUCACAGUUCGGUCAAGACAGUCAAGUAAUGUCCGUCAAGUUAAAGCCCAGUCUCCCGACUCCUGUCGUUGUGGACUGCUGCUCGACCAGCACACGAGUGCACAGUCUCCUCCGUCCCCAGAACCAGAGCCAGAAACAGAAGCAGUAAGUUCCAGCCAGGAAAUCCCCACAAUGCCUCAGCCAAUUGAGAAGGUGUCGGUGUCAACCCAGACCAAGAAGUUAAGUGCCUCCUCCCCAAGAAUGUUGCAUCGAAGCACCCAGACGACUAGUGAUGGCGUCUGUCAGAGCAUGUGCCACGACAAGUACACCAAAAUCUUUAAUGACUUUAAAGACAGGAUGAAGUCGGACCACAAGCGUGAAACAGAAAGAGUGGUCCGCGAGGCGCUGGAAAAGCUGCGCUCUGAAAUGGAAGAAGAAAAGAGACAAGCUGUAAAUAAAGCUGUAGCCAACGUGCAGGGUGAGAUGGACAGAAAGUGUAAGCAGGUGAAGGAAAAGUGUAAGGAAGAAUUUGUAGAGGAGAUCAAGAAGCUAGCGACACAACACAAGCAGCUCAUCUCUCAGACCAAGAAGAAGCAGUGGUGCUACAACUGUGAGGAAGAGGCCAUGUACCACUGCUGCUGGAACACGUCCUACUGCUCCAUCAAGUGCCAGCAGGAGCACUGGCACGCCGAGCACAAGCGCACCUGCCGCCGGAAGAGAUGAGCCCGCUCGCCGCCCUCACACGCAGCGGUUUUUCUUUCCAAGAAGCCAAAAUUGUGUAGAAUUUGCUUCCCAUUUUGCACCAGCCUUUAAACACUUUUCGUGGUGAAAUUUUGCACAGUAGUUUAAAUCUUUUGUUAAUGCUCCUCCGGCAUUUUUCGGGGGCUGAAGUAACAUCAAUGGAGGGUAUUACUCUAAAUAAAUUCUAAUUGAAGAUUUGUUGCAUUUUCAGCAAAUUUUAAAGCAUUUUUAGGUUUUACAGAGAUUUUAACCUUUAAACAACAGAUCUUAAAACAACAGCAACAACAACAACAGGUGAAUACGAGUGAGUCUAACAAAGACGGAACAGAGCUGAAUGUAAGAGCGGCAGACGCUUCAGAAGAAAACAGACUACCUGGCCGUGACCUGGCCGUGACCUUGCUGAGCUGGUUUUGUGUAGCUUGCUCACUGUUCACAGGCCUCGCCUGUGGCUGUGCUGGCGGCAUGUGAUUGAAUAUAGGGAACAGGGUUGACACAGCAGGGCUAGCCCUGCAUAUUUUUUCUUAAAUAUUUCCCAAUUGUGUUUUCAUUAUUUCUUUUCAAUAUAUAACUUUUAUAACAAAUUAUUAGCUUUGAUCUUGUAGUUUAAAAUUGCAGGGAAACUGGGGUAAUCUUUUACUGAGCUGGAUCUUAGAGAAAAAUGAAUAUUUAAAUUUUAAAGUUUGCACAUUUCAUCUUUGUCCUGACAUGAGUGCUUGUAACAAAAUCAGCAGCAAAAACAAAAAUCAAAAGCCAAAAACUACCUGUACUCAGAACGUGGAAUACAGCUGAGACAUGGAGUCUCUUCACUGAGCGCCCCCUCCCCAGGGCCACCCUAACCUUACUCCCUGUGUCUCCUCGAGUAGAAGUUACUGCUCAGAGAGAGAAAGCACUUAGGUCUCACAGAAGCCGUUGUGUGUAGGGAAGGGUCAUUGCUACUAACGAACUCCGUCGCUGUACACAGUGAAUAAUGCA